GACACGCUUCUUCUUCUCCAGCAUGGAGGUCGCCACAGAGAGCCCACAUGGCUGUGGAAAUAGCUCGGACACAGAAGAGGACAGAGACUCGGAUACCGACUUUGGACCUUCAAAGCUGGGGACGAAAGAAUAUUGGGAAGCUACAUACCAAAAUGAGCUUGAGACAUUCAAAGACGUUGGGGAUGUUGGUGAGAUAUGGUUUGGUGAGGAAAGCAUGACCCGCGUUCUGCGAUGGAUGGACAAAACUACGAUUCCAGAAAAUUCCGCCAUUCUUGACAUCGGCACUGGAAAUGGAGCCUUUCUAGUAGAACUGGCUAAACACGGAUACAAGAAUCUGACUGGUAUAGAUUAUUCUCCAGCGUCUGUGGAAUUAGCCAGAAAUGUUCUGCAGGCGGAGGACUUGACGGAUGUGACUGUAAAGGAGAUGGAUUUCUUAAACUGUCAAGGGGAGCUAAAGGAUUUUGAUGUCUGCAUUGACAAAGGAACAUUUGAUGCAAUAAGCUUGAACCCAGAGAACGCCAAGGAGGGCAAAAAACUCUAUGUCCAGGCUGUAAAAGAUGCUCUUAAGGACAGAGGAUUCUUCGCUAUCACUUCCUGUAACUGGACAAAAGGGCAGCUGCUGAACAGAUUCAGUGAAGGAUUCGAGUUUGUACAGGAGUUGCCUACACCCAGUUUCCAAUUUGGAGGAAAGACAGGCAGCAGUGUGGCAGCACUCAUCUUCAAGCGGGUACUUUGAUACACAUGAAUCCAGAGGAUAUUUUUCAUUCUCACUUUUUUUGUACAAGACAUUAUUAUGUUGUAUUCAUUUUAAAACUUUGUGUAACCAGGCAAAUAUACAGUGUAACUGCGUGAGGCAGGAAAUAAAUCACUUUUUGGUAUGUUGUUACUGUAUCCACAGUGCUACAGGCACCUGUUGAAAAUAUGUAUAUAAGCCUGUUCUGUAAUAUUUGUAAUCCAUUCAAGAUUGUUUCAAUAAAUAUCAGUUUCAACUAAA